AUGGCUGGGGAACGACUGGAGUUGGUGGAGGCAAACGCGGAGCUGGUGGAGGUGAACGAGGAGCUGCUGCUGCGUCUUGGCUUCGGGAGGAGUUCGGCCACGGCUGGGGAACGACUGGAGCUGGUGGAGGCGAUCGAGGAGCUGCUGAUGCGUCUUGGCUUCAGGAGGAGUUCGGCCACGGCUGGGGAACGACCGGUGCUGGUGGAGGCGAUCGAGGAGCUGUUGCUGUUUGGGGUCCGUCUUGGCUUCAGGAGGAGUUCGGCUUUGGCUUGGGGAAUGAUCAACGCCGUGGUGAGCGAGGAGCUGCUGGUUUCAAGUGGAGUUCAGCCACCGCUGAAGGAGCGAGGCAGCAGAGCAUCAGCUGAUCAUUUCAUGGCACCCUACGUUGAUAACGAGGUUUGA